CCCUCCCUCCGCGCCAGCCCCGCGGCGCCCUGGGCCAGCAGCCCUCCCUUGCCUCCUGCGCUGUGGCCACUGUCCGACUUGCGCCCAGUCUCCGUGUGUCCCGAGCUUCCCGGGCACCAGCCUUCCACCUGAGCUCACCCUGCGGCUUGCCCUCAGAGAGCCGGCGCCCUCCUCUGCUCCCUCAGUCACCUCUUUCUUGUGACCUCUCUGCACAGUCUAGGUUGCUGGGGUCUGGGAGGAUAUGUUCAGGGUCUCUGGGGAGCACAGUCCUGCUUCACUCAGCCACACCCAGCUAUAGACGGUUCUCGGAGCAGCUACUCUUCCUAACUCCAGUGAAGACGCCUCCAGCCUGUCUUUGCUGAGACCCCCGACCCAAGGUGGUCUCUGGAGGGACUAAGGUCCCUAUUGUCACAUCUCUCAUGGCCUAUCCCCUGCCAUUGGUUCUCUGCUUUGCUCUGGUGGUGGCACUGGUCUGGGGGUCCACUACACCUCCCACAGGGACAAGCGAGCCCCCUGAUGGGCAAACAGUGGCGCCCACGGAGGAUGACAUUCUGCAAAACGAGGCGGACAACCAGGAGAACGUUUUAUCUCAGCUGCUGGGAGACUAUGACAAGGUCAAGGCUGUGUCUGAGGGCUCUGACUGUCAGUGCAAGUGUGUGGUGAGACCGCUGGGCCGAGAUGCCUGCCAAAGGAUCAACCAGGGGGCUUCCAGGAAGGAAGACUUCUACACUGUGGAAACCAUCACCUCAGGCUCAUCCUGUAAAUGUGCUUGCGUUGCUCCUCCGUCUGCCGUCAAUCCCUGUGAGGGAGACUUCAGGCUCCAGAAGCUUCGGGAGGCUGACAGCCGGGAUUUGAAGCUGUCUACAAUUAUAGACAUGCUGGAAGGUGCUUUCUAUGGCCUGGAUCUCCUCAAGCUGCAUUCAGUUACCACUAAACUCGUGGGGCGAGUGGAUAAACUGGAGGAGGAAGUCUCUAAAAACCUCACCAAGGAGAAUGAGCAAAUCAAAGAGGACGUGGAAGGAAUCCGAACAGAGCUGAAUAAGCGAGGCAAGGAGAACUGCUCUGACCACAUCCUAGAGAGCAUGCCAGACAUCCGCUCAGCCCUGCAGAGGGACGCAGCCGCAGCCUACGCCCACCCAGAGGAACAGUAUGAAGAGCGGUUUCUGCAGGAGGAAACCGUGUCACAGCAGAUCAACUCCAUCGAACUCCCACGGACGCAGCCGCUGGCCCCGCCUGCAGUGACGAAGCCACAGAGGCCCCUGCAGAGACAGGUGCACCUGAGAGGUCGCCCGGCCUCCAAGCCCACCGUCAUCAGGGGAAUCACCUACUAUAAAGCCAAGGUCUCUGAGGAGGAAAAUGACAUAGAAGAGCCGCAUGAUGAGCUUUUCAGUGGCGACAGCGGAGUGGACUUGCUGAUUGAAGAUCAGCUUCUAAGACAGGAAGACCUACUGACAAGUGCCACCCGGAGGCCAGCAACCACUCGUCACGCUGCUGCUGUGACCACUGAUGCGAGCGUUCAGGCCACAACCCUGUCCUCAGAGCCCGCACAGGCCUCUGCCUCAGCACCCAGCCUUGUUGACCCUGCUUCCCAGGCCUCAGAGAGACAGCUCUUGGCAAGCCCACAGACUACCACAGCGUUUCCAGAGCCCAAGGAGGUGAUGCCUUCUACUCCAGCCUCACCCACCACUGUGGCCCACACAACCUUCCAGCCCCCGCCGGCAAUGGUUCCUGGGGACAUAUAUGUGGAAGCUCUACACUUGGUCCCUGAGUUGCCUGACACAGUUGGGACAGACAUGCCAGAGGAAGAGGGGACUGCAGGGCAGGAAGCAACCUCUGCUGGUCCCAUCCUGAGCCCAGAAGAAGAAGAUGACAUUCGGAAUGUCAUAGGAAGGUGCAAGGACACCCUCUCUACAAUCACGGGACCGACCACCCAGAACACAUACGGACGGAAUGAAGGGGCCUGGAUGAAGGACCCGCUAGCAAAGGAUGACCGGAUUUAUGUAACCAAUUAUUACUAUGGCAACACACUCAUAGAGUUCCGGAAUCUGGAGAACUUCAAACAAGGUCGCUGGAGCAAUUCCUACAAGCUUCCGUACAGCUGGAUCGGCACGGGUCACGUGGUGUACAAUGGCGCCUUCUACUAUAACCGGGCCUUUACCCGGAACAUCAUCAAGUACGACCUGAAGCAGCGCUAUGUGGCUGCUUGGGCCAUGCUCCACGAUGUGGCUUAUGAGGAGACCACACCCUGGCGGUGGCAGGGCCACUCGGAUGUGGACUUUGCCGUGGAUGAGAAUGGCCUGUGGCUUAUAUACCCAGCUCUGGAUGAUGAAGGCUUCAGCCAGGAGGUCAUUGUCCUGAGCAAGCUCAACGCGGUGGACCUGAGCACGCAGAAGGAAACCACGUGGCGCACCGGGCUCCGGAGGAAUUUCUACGGCAACUGCUUUGUCAUCUGCGGGGUACUAUAUGCUGUGGACAGCUAUAACCAGAGGAAUGCCAACAUCUCCUACGCCUUUGACACACACACCAACACACAGAUUGUCCCUAGGCUGCUGUUUGAGAAUGAGUAUUCCUACACCACCCAGAUAGACUACAACCCCAAGGACCGCCUCCUCUAUGCCUGGGACAAUGGCCACCAAGUCACCUACCAUGUCAUCUUUGCCUAUUGACACACUUGACCCUGCAAAAAAGGCAGCGCAGAGGGGCCGCUAGCACCUUGUGUGUGUCUGUGUGCAUGUCUGUGUGUGAGAUUGUGCAGGUGGGUGUGUGCUGUUUUAAAAUAUAUUAUUUUGUAUUAUAUUACAAAUGUAAAAUGACAGUUUGGGUCUAUUUUUUUUAAAAUAUGGAUUGUAGAUCAAUCCAUACGUGUAUGUGCUGGUCUCAUCCUUCACAAGUUAUAUUUUUGUGCAAAUGAACUUCUCCUUCUGACCAGUAACUACCUUCUUUCGCGCUCUGAACCUCUGGCUCCUGGGCUCUAGGGUUGGAGGGUUUCUUCCUCCGGGUCUUGCAGCCAGAAGCAGGUGUGAGGGGCUCAGGAAAGAAGUGUUAAGUGGCGGCAAAGUUUUUAUGUAUUGGAGAAGUUCUUAAAACUCAGAAAAAAAAUACUUUUUUUUUU